CGAGGACUUCGCUCCUCCGCUUUAAAGUGUUUGUCCUUCACUUUCACGUCAGAAGCAAACGCGCCUUCCCACUUGGGUAAACCAGCACCCUCAACUCACGCUCUGAUUCACCCAUUGUAGUUGCCAGAGCUCAACGCUCAGCAGUCCAAACAUACUUGGAUCCAGUCACCCAGCGUGUCUUGUUAGAGGACAACGACACUGUCAUUAUGGAGGUGUUCCUGCGAAACAUGCCCCCAGACCUUACGGACCACGGGUUUCGCAAUCAUCUGGCGCCCUUCAUGAAGACACUGCACAUCAAUGACUGGCACUGUCUGAAACCGCGAAAGAAGUCUUUUGGCACUAUCACUUUUCUGCUAUACCCGGAUGGCCAGCGAUUCCUACAGCAGCACGGAGAAGAAGCUAUGCCUUUCACAAUUCUCUCGAAGCCCCAGUUCAAAGCUCGUUUGACGAUCAUGGGCCGGCUCGUCUAUUGCAACCUCAGCAAGAAGCAAGCCGAUCCAUUCCUGUUGAAGUCCUUGGCGAAGUCAGCCGAGGAUCGAUGUACAGCCAACGAGCUUCCUGUUUCAACCGAAGAUGAAAAGAUCGCCUUCCACUCACAGACGUUCUCAUGUGGAGUCUGCGAAUAUCUGAAUGGCCAGCUGGUCUAUUCUCCCGAGGUGGAAUGGCCAUUCGCAGCUGGGAUAGCGAAAUUUGUCAAGAAGGCUUUCAUCCUCGAAUACAAAGAUGGGAACGGCGCCACGAGAAUCGAGAUACCAUAUAGGACAAUCGAGAACAUAGUCGCUACUUCUCGACCUACUGCCCUAGUAUUGACCCUAUGGGAGACACCUCGAUUCUUCGGUACACAAGCACCGGACAUAGCGGAUCUUAUGGCUGGACUCAUGCAAAAUAUAAAUAAGGCAACAAAGCGACGGCUCACUGGACUCCCGGGGACCGCCUCUUCAUAUCAGAAGAUCAUUGGUCAAGCAUUGGUGUACCGUAUCUGCGUGUCGCCAGUCGAUUUCUACGAAUUAUCAAACCGGUUGGUGAAGCGAGACGUCUUGACUGUAAUACGACACGAUCUGGCUGUCUUGCCAUCUUACCGCCGUCGUAGCUUGCAGACCGGAUUCAAGCUCUUGAAUCAGACCAUCCAAGAAAUGAGCCAUACGGUUCCGUUUGCGGUUAUAUUUCAGCUGGAAGCAUUAGCAAGGAACGGCUUCUUACCCCCAUGGACUGUCCAGGAACUUUUGCUGAAGAUCGCUGCGCGAAUCACAGAGCAGCUGACAAGGCCUGUACAGAAACUUCUCAUUUCGGCCGAAGCUGUCAGAAAGCUGAUUUCUCAAGUACCAUUCCCAGGUAUCGAUAUUGACGCUUCCGUUUUCGACAUAGAAGAGAUCUGGAAGUACCUAGAGCAGAAUGAGCAAGAGCUCCAGAAUGGGUUCCACAAAGAACUCAUAUCCAAUCUUACCAUGGUACACAAAGUCAACGUGACACCUACUGGUAUCACCCUCCAUGGACCUGACCCUGAAGCAAAAAACCGCAUCUUACGGCGGUUUCCAACAGACACGGAGUAUUUCGUACGAGUGCAAUUUUCAGAUGAAGACGGAAGCGCCCUCCAGUUCAACUCUAGAGUGUCUAAUGAAGAUGUCUAUGAUAGGUUUCGACAGGUCAUGAACAACGGAGUCGCAAUCUGUGGUAGAGUAUAUGGGUUUCUCGGGUACUCACACUCUUCUCUGCGAAGCCAUUCGGCUUGGUUUAUGGCGCCUUUCUGGCGCAGAGAGCGUCUAGAAACUUACCUUACGGUCAUACCGCAACUUGGAAGGUUUGAAGACAUCACCUCCCCGGCUCGCUGUGCGGCGCGGAUUGGCCAAGCAUUCUCCGAAACCCCAUUCGCGAUUUCGCUCUACUAUAAUGGAGUGCAGCACAAUCGCAUACCGGACGUUAUGACUAGAGAUGGAGAUCACAUGUUCAGUGAUGGAGUAGGAACGAUUUCUCGUAGAGCUCUCGAAGCAAUUCGUGAUGCAGUCCUGCGGGGAAAGGCCGCCGCUACCUGUUUCCAAAUCCGAUGGGGUGGAGCUAAAGGUAUGCUUGCACUGGACGAACGCCUCGAAGGGACAACCAUGAAUAUCCGGGAAUCCAUGGUCAAAUUCGAGAGUAAUGACAUUGAGAACCUGGAGAUUUGCGAUGCUGCCAACAAGCCUAUUCAGAUGGUACUGAAUCGACAGUUGAUAAAAAUUCUCGAAGACAUGAGGGUGCCGGCAGCUUGGUUCCUGAAGCAACAAGAUGCCACAUUACGAUAUGUUACAGCACACAUUUCCAACACCGCAGGAUUCCUCAAACGUCAAAAUAUCGCCGACCGCCUUGGCUUUCCACAACUCAUCAGAUACUUAGAGUCUAUUGGGAUUGACUACAAGAGAGAUCGGUUUAUGCGCUCUGUUGUGGAGACAGCUGUUCUUCGCGAGCUGCGCCUGAUGAAAUACAAGGCGCGAAUUCCUAUUGAGCAGGGUGUCACACUCUUUGGAAUUAUGGACGAGACAGGGUACUUGGAGGAAGGUGAGAUCUUUGUCACAUUCGACGAGGCGCAGUUCAUCGGCUGUCACCCAUUAGUUCUAGACAACCGUCGAAUGCUGGUUACAAGAUCACCAGCACUACAUCCUGGCGAUAUACAAAUGGCGACUAACAUCAUUCCUCCUGAACAUCACCCGCUCAGGGCCUUACGAAAUUGCAUCGUGUUCUCGCAAAAAGGAGAACGCGAUUUACCAAGUUGCCUUAGUGGUGGGGAUUUAGAUGGUGACGUUUACAGUGUCAUAUGGGAUCCCGAAGCUGUCUCUGGAUGUCCGCGUAUAUCUCAGCCAGCGGGGUAUGAACGUGUCGAUCCAGUCAACAUCGGACGUAGGGUGGAAAAGAAAGACAUGACGAACUUCUUCAUACAAUUCAUGGCCACAGAUCAGCUCGGCCUUAUCGCAACUCGGCACAUGAUCUUGGCGGAUCAACGAUCUGAAGGAACAGCUGAUCCAGACUGCGUGAUCCUCGCCGAACUGCAUUCCACAGGUGUGGACUACUCCAAAACGGGAAUACCGGUCAGUAUGGAUAAGUUCAAAAACAUCAGAACAAAUAGAUAUCGACCUCAUUUUCUGGCUCCUGCGGGAUUCACCUACAUCAAGGAUAGAACCCAAAUUGAGUUCGAUGUUCCUACGCGCCCGCGUGAAGAUGAAGUGCAAGACGAAGACGACAAUAGUGGGCCGCAAUACCUCUACUACCGUUCUAAAAAAAUCAAUGGCGUGCUUUUUGAUGCAAUUGAUGAGCGGAACAUAUGGUACAAAGACAUAAAAGGCGACAUCAAAACCGACGGAGCGGUGUGGGCGGAUUUCUUGAAGCUGAUGACACGCGAGUGCAAAGCCAGGCUCGGUGGUAUUCGCUGGGCUCACUUGAAGGACGAGGCUUUCAGCAUUCGGGGCGAUUACGAAGAUGCCAUAUUUGCCAUCACACAAGACUACUCGUCUCAUCCGACGCAGCCACUUACCGAACUCGAGGUAUUCACUGGUAACAUCUUCAGCACGUCCGGUGUGCAGACACGCCGGCAGCGAGAUAGAUCGCUGCAGCUCAAGGAUGAAUUCGAUCGGAUUGCGCGAUGGACUGAAAACCUUAUCCGAAGGCGUACCACAGCUACUUCCGCCAAGCCGGACGAUGCCAGCAAUGCUCCUGAAGAUCCUAUGGAAGCUCUGAAAAUGAGUAUCGCAUGCUUAGAAGCCAGCCAAUUGAAAGGCAGUCGUGGCAAUAGGUUCACACAUGGGCGUUGGACUGAAGCGUAUCAUAGCUUCAAGAUCAUAUCGGCAUGUUGCGUGGUUCGGGAGCUCAAUGCGGCAGACAGGCGCGCGGAAGCCGAGGAGUGGUACUAA